AAACCAGAGCUAAUCUCGUGAUGUCAUUUUGUCCAAAGUGGAAAAAUUUUCGAUAAAUAGAAUUGAUUAUAUCACAUUUGAACGUGGACCAGACCGAGCGUUCUAUUCUCGAUUCUGAUUGGUCUCCCUCUCCCUAAUUCUAACGCUGAUAUCCUCCUUGCGUCGCUUUUUUAUCCGGUUGAUGUCAGUUGUCAAGUAUCCAAGAAUGAUCGCCUUCAAUUUGUGUUUGUUUUGGUAGUUCAGUUUUUAAAUAUGUAUUUUUAACUUAGCGUUGAGUUUAUUGGCCAGGAUUCAACAGUAAAUAAAGGCACAGCAAUGGACUCCUUCUUAAGUCUUUUCGACCCAACCAACUGCAACGAGUGCAGCACGGACGAAUUUGCCAUUGACAAUUUGAACAACCAGAAGGCUCUCCCGCCGGAGCCCCAAGUCGGCAACAUCGAGUACAAAUUGAAAAUUGUCAAUCCAACCAAACAAAGAUUCGAACACCUUGUAACACAAUUGAAGUGGCGCCUUCGCGAGGGCAAUGGGGAGGCGAUUUACGAAAUCGGGGUUGAAGACAGUGGCAUUUUGGCCGGUCUGUCCCAGAGAGACAUGACGGCCAGUUUGCAAACCCUUCAACAAAUGGCUUUGAAACUGGAAGCCACAACGACGAUUUUGCGACAAAGGACACUUGACAACGGACGGAGUAUCGCCGAAGUCCUUGUGAGAAAAAUCCCAGAUGACCAGAACAACAUCGAAGUCCGAGUGGCGGUGCUUGGAAAUGCCGAUGCCGGGAAAUCCACCCUGUUGGGGGUCCUCACACAGGGGAAUCUCGACAACGGACGAGGGCGCGCAAGAUUGAACAUGUUCCGGCACCUACAUGAGAUUCAAAGUGGGCGAACUUCUUCAAUCUCGCACGAAAUCCUCGGAUUCAACUCUCAAGGUCAACCUAUUAACUACAGUUACAGCGAACUGAUCACAGCUGAGGAAAUUUGCGACAGUUCAACCAAACUGGUCACUUUCCUGGACCUUGCAGGGCAUAAGAAGUACCUAAGAACCACGAUUCAAGGUCUUUCGGGAUAUUCACCUCAUCAUGCUAUGCUUGUGAUAUCUAGUACUGCGGGUGCUGUAGGGAUGGCGCACGAGCAUCUAGCAAUAGCAAUAGCUUUGAACGUGCCAUUUUUCAUCGUGAUAACUAAAAUCGACUUAGUUUCACCAACAAAUACUCUUCAGUCUUUAGAAUCUUUCUUAAAGCAAGUGGGUAGUCGGCGUGUACCUUUGGUUAUUAAAAACCUAGACGACGUCAUAACAGCUGGUGCCAACCAGUUGACCGAAAAUGUUGUGCCUAUAUUUUGCGUGUCGAGCGUCAGCGGCGAGGGUUUGGAACUGCUGUUGAAAUUCCUGCACGUCCUUCCUCCGGGAAUCAGUGCGACUGAGAAGGAGCGUCUGGAGCAGGAAUCUCCCGAGUUUCAAAUUGAUGAGAAUUUCAAGGCCGGGGAUGUCGGCCAGAUCAUUGGGGGGUUGCUGACCAAAGGGGUGAUAACCGAAGGCAUGCAAAUGCAGAUCGGGCCCCAGAAGGACGGGAGCUUCCUCAAUGUGGUGAUCAAGUCGAUUCAUAGGAACAGGGUUCCGUGCCGGAUGGUCAGGGCCGGGCAGAGCGCGGCCUUGUGCCUCAGUAGUUAUAUUCCGAAUUUGAGGAAUGGGCUGGUCUUGCUGCGAGCUGAUUCGAAUGCUAAAGGCUGUGAGUUCUUCCAAGCGAGCGUUUCGGUGCUGUUCCACGCAACGGCCAUUUAUCAAGGAUACCAAACUACCGUCCAUAUUGGAAACAUAAGGCAGACGGCUGUUGUGGUCGGCAUUUUCCCUUCCGAUUGCAUUCACACCAACGAAAGAGCUUCAGUAUUAUUUAAGUUUAAGUCCCACCCCGAGUACGUUACAGUAGGGCAGAGGCUGCUCUUCAGAGAGGGCGCUGCCAAAGGCAUUGGCGAGAUCACGCAAGUGUUCCCGCUAAACUACAAACCUGAUUCGGGGUAAUUGCAUUACUUUUGAUUUUUUAUCCAACGUACUUAAAUGCCAAAUACAAAAUAUCGUUUAAUCUCAUUAAUAUUAAAGUAGUUCAAAUUUUAUUUAUUCGAUGUGAAGUGAAUUAGUUUUUCCAAGUGAAAUUGGUAUUUAGUUAGUGUAAAUUUGUACAAAUGUACAUAAACCAUUUCAGUCGAGUUCAAAUUUAUGGAAUAUUUGAUGUAUUGUCUAGUACAAAAUUAGCGUCUUUUAAUUGUAAUGACAAAAUCUGUGAUUGUAUUUUAAGAAAUUUGUAGACGGUCAUGCACAUUUCUCUUUAUUUUCAGAGAUCUCUGUCAAAGUUAUUACUAAUAAUAAUAAUAGAUAAAUAUAUGUUAUGGCUAUAUAAA